CGGGACCACUUCCGCUUCGGGGCUUUCCGUUUCCAAGAUGGCGGGCGCCGCUUUAGAGGCCUUUUUCUCCGCUCCCGCCGUGAUACGGAUCCAGAGCGACUGGGACCAAGUGCUGAGGAAGAAUGAGGAAGAGGCUUGGCUGAGUUGCAGGAGUCCAGGAAAAACAACUCUGUAUGGCACAUUGACUUGUCGGGGAAUCAACUCAGAUGGAAUUCCUGAAAUCACAGCUUCUGAAGGCUUUGCUGUCAGUGAAAUAACAAAGAAAAGCGUGCUUGUUACUUGUCCUCGUGAAAAUGCUUCCACCCGAUUCCUCGCACCUUAUACGUCCUUCUGCAGAAUCCAUCAAAAAAGUAUCACUUGCCUUGACAUUUCCAGUGGUGGAGGACUUGGGGUGUCAACCAGUGCCGAUGGGACUAUGAAAAUUUGGCAGGCUGCAAACGGGGAAAUAAGAAGGUGUUUGGAAGGCCACGUGUACGACGUGAACUGCUGCAGGUUUUUCCCAUCUGGCCUUGUGGUCCUGAGCGGCGGGAUGGACGCCCGGCUCAAGAUCUGGUCAGCGGAAGACGGCAACUGCGCUGCAACGUUCCAAGGCCACAAAGCAGGAAUCCUUGACGUGGCUGUGGUCGACCGAGGGAGGAACGUGGUCUCCGGCUCCCGGGACGGCACUGCCCGCCUCUGGGACUGUGGCAAGUCAGCCUGCCUGGGCGUUGUGGCAGAUUGUGGCGCCCCAGUAAACGGAAUUGCCAUCAGCGACGCCGAUAAUACCUUGAACCUGGGCUCACCUGAACAACCAUCAAGUGAACGUGAAGUUGGAACAGAAGGGAAGCUCUUGCUUCUGGCGCGAGAGGACAAAAAGCUGCAAGGUGUCGGGCUGCAAAGCAGGCAACCGGUGUUUCUUUUCAUUGGCUCUGAUGCGUUCAACUGCUGCAUGUUCCUUUCCGGCAUCUACUUCCUGGGAGGGACUCAAGAUGGAAAUAUAUACCAGUUGGAUGUGAGAAAUACCAAGGCUCCAGUUCGAAUUAUUCACCGGUCGGGAGCCCCUGUCCUUUCCUUGAUGCCUUACAAAGAUGGAUUCAUUGCUAGCCAAGGGGACGGGACCUGUUUUAUCAUGCAGCAAGAUCUUGAUCAUGUUGUUGAACUCACUGGACCAGACUGCGACCCUGUAUAUAAGGUGGCUACCUGGGAGAAGCAGAUCUAUUCCUGCUGCCGAGACGGGACCGUAAGGAGAUACCAGCUUUCAGACCUUUGAACAAAGGAAGACAUUAUUUCUGAACGCUGGGCACGUAUGUUUCCAAAUGCUGGAUGUAUUUCAGGAAUAACCCUUUUGAAAUUUCCUUGGUUUUGUACUGUAAAUACAACUGGAGGACAUAUUUGUUUGCGGACCUCAUUCAGACACAACAGUCCUGAAUGAAACGGCUGGUGAACUUCAACAGUUGCAACAACCCACAUUUAUUUGGGUUAUGAUCCAGUUUGUCUUUGCAGAUAACAUGUUGUUGGUUUCCCCUUUAUAAGCCAAUGGUUGUUUCUAAAAGGAGAAGGAAGAUCAAGGCCAGAAGAUUUCAAAACAAGGAUGUUUUUAAUAUGUUUUGUCUAUCUCUCAACUAGAAUGGAAACCAAUAAAAAUAAUUUGUAUGAAAACUUUAUGCCCUCCUAAAUGGAAGGAUCCUUUUUCCUAAUGCUCUUUAAUAAGUAUUGUUCCAGUUGUAAAUCCCCAUUCAAAAUAAAGCUGAUUUCAUCUCAAAUUA